GUCUUUAAUAAAUACCGCGGAGCCUAUGUAUUUAAAAGGCCAACUUCUUUGACAUCUCAACCACUUCUUCCAAAGUUGCUAAAGGGUUUACUCAAGUUGAGGGUUUCGUUCAAAAUGAAGGCAUUUUUGUGGCUUCUAGUCUUAAUAGUUGUUGUGCAUGCUGAGACGCACAUAGAAGACGAAAACUUUGAGUCGAUARGCAAAGAUAGCCUAAAAGGAGUUGUCCAAGGAGAUGAUGAUGAUGAUAAUUUUGGGRGUAUCGGAGGUGGUGGCAUUGGCGGUGGAGGGAUCGGAGGUGGUGGUAUAGGUGGCGGCGUUAUAGGAGGAGGAGGUGACGACGACGAUGAUGAUAACGGCUCUGGAACAGCCCCACCUCCACAGUACUGUGUCGUGAGGUACAGACAGUGUAUGAUGUUUGCUUUUACCUGGUACGCCAAACAAGUCUGUACAAACCAGUAUUAUCAGUGUGUGAGGAUCAUGACGCAUCCUUGUUACCGUCAACGUUCAAUAUGCCUGAGCAAUGCUGGAUGGAACUAUUACCAAAGGUACUGGUGUGACGUGAGGUACAAACAGUGCCUUGCAGGAGGGCAGAGACCAAACUGAAAUGACAACAAAGCAGGGCAUUCUGAUGUAGAUAUUAUAUUAAAAUGAUCAACCAAUAAAAGAUAACACUUCAUAUGAUAACAUCUUACCCAACAAUCAGAACUGAUUCAACCAAUCACCCGAAAACACUAAGUAAAUUAACCUAGUCACAUAUGUUACCUUGUACCUGUUUUGACCAAUCACUCGACAGUAACACGCAUUAACCAAUCAUUUCAUAGUAACGCCAACCACCUUACAGUAUCUAGUUGAACAAGUCACGUUUACCUACUUGAAUCUAUGAAAUUUCAAAACCUAUAAAUAUCAACCAAUCAUAUUAUAGUAGAGUAAAAACAAACAGUUUUACGAUAGCUGAUAGCCAUUAUAUUCGUGGCUACCAACAUGAUGGGGUUACACUUUAGGAAGCUAUGUGAAUAACCACUGUUAUGUCAACCAUUUAAACCUGUGAGCUGCUAUGAUACACAAUAAAGUGUCUUGCUUAUAAAUGAAAACCGAA